CCGUCUCUCUUUAGAAACCCCCAUCAGCCACCACUGGAGGCGGUUCCCAUCUUUUCGCCUCCGCCAUGGACGUCGCCGCACUCGCCGAGGAAAAGGAACCGAAGUCGGACGAGGGUGGCGCCGCUCCAUCGGAAGACACUCCCCCUACUCCGAAGCCUGAUGGUGCUUAUCCGAGGCCGGAGGAUCUGGUGGCCAAAGCGAUAGCGCCGGUGAAGGUUGAAUACCUCCGCCCCCCGCCCUCCAGGUCCCACUGUACCCCCGAGGCCGGCGAUGCCGCCGAUGACGACGUCAACAAGAAGAAGAGCGCUCCUUCGAACGUCGUCAAAGAGAAAAAGUCCAGGCGACAGCUCAAGAGAGAGCGGCAACAGUAAACAUGAUAAACCUCUACCCCAAGUUUCUGGCAUAACUUGGGGAUGCACCACCAGAGACUCAAUCCUGGAAUGUCCUUCAAGGAGAGAAAAGGAAAAAAAGUCUGCACUGCACAUUUGUCCAGAAGUAGCAAAAAAUGGAAAUGUUGAUGCAUGUCGAUACAAUAACAAUUGCCGGUUCAGCCAUGAUUUGGAUGCAUUUUUUGCUCAGAAACCAGCUGACCUAGAGGGGAGUUGUCCAUUCCUCAGUGUUGGAGAGCCAUGUCCUUAUGGAAUAACCUGUCGUUUUUCAGGCACACACAAUAACCCUGUAGAAUCCCAGAAUCCUCCUAAGAAAAGCUUCGAAAUCAAUAGUCUAAAUAAAGAUUUGCAGAAGCUUUUGUGGAAGAAUAAAGUUAGUUUUCCAAAGGCGAAUGCUCAACUCAAACUUCUUGGCUUAGUGGGGGGUAACAAAACAAAGGCAACGCCAGAAGUCAAUCAGGUGGAAGUCCAUUCAGAUUCUCUAAAUGGGUCAGAUAAUCUUCACUUGGAUUAUGAUAAUGGGAAAGAAGCAGAGCCUGCUCUAAUAACAUGCACAGAAAAGGAUUGUUUAGAGGAUGCAUCUGCUGUUGACCCCUCAAGACCUUUGAAGAAGGCAAAGAGUUUGGUUGAUGAUGAACGCUGCUUAGAUGAUAACAAUAAUGGCACGUAUCACAUGGACAAAGUUUUUAAAGAAAUAAAUGUGCAAAAUGUACCACAAGAGAUCUCACCUGACAGCAUAUGUUCGUCUAAAGUUGAUUUAAGUUCGAAAUCACAUCCACGGGAAAGAAAGCUUAUUGAUUUCAGAGGAAAGCUGUACCUGGCUCCCUUGACUACAGUUGGGAAUCUUCCCUUUAGAAGGAUUUGCAAGGUCUUAGGUGCUGAUAUUACUUGUGGAGAAAUGGCUAUGUGUACUAAUCUUUUGCAGGGACAUGCUUCAGAAUGGGCAUUGCUGAGGCGACAUUCAUCAGAGGAUGUAUUCGGUGUACAAAUAUGUGGGGCUUAUCCUGAUACCAUAGCACGGACUGUUGAGCUUAUAGAUCGUGAAUGUUUAGUUGAUUUUGUUGACAUUAACAUGGGUUGCCCGAUUGACAUUGUUGUUAACAAGGGGGCUGGAUCUUGUCUGCUUUCAAAACCCAUGAGGAUGAAGAGCAUUAUUCAAGCAGCUUCUUGUACCAUCAACAAACCAUUAACUAUUAAGGUGCGUACAGGUUAUUUUGAAGGGAGAAAUCGCAUUGAUUCUCUAAUCUCAGAUAUUAGCAACUGGGGAGCCAGUGCAUUGACCAUACAUGGUCGAUCACGACAGCAACGCUAUAGCAAGCUUGCUGAUUGGGAUUAUAUCUACCAAUGUGCAAGAAAAGCCCCUGAUGCUUUGCAGGUUUUAGGAAAUGGUGAUAUCUUCUCAUACUUGGACUGGAACAAGCGCUCUGCUGAAUGCCCUGAGCUUUCUAGUUGCAUGAUUGCUCGCGGUGCCUUAAUCAAGCCUUGGAUAUUUACUGAAAUCAAGGAACAAAGACAUUGGGACAUUAGCUCUCAGGAGCGGUUCAAUAUUCUCAAAGAUUUUGUACGUUUUGGCCUAGAACACUGGGGAUCUGAUAUGAAAGGUGUAGAGACAACUCGCCAUUUUCUGUUAGAAUGGCUGAGCUACACAUGCCGUUAUAUUCCAGUUGGUCUGUUGGACGUCAUUCCACAACGGGUAAAUUGGAGACCCCCCUGCUAUUGUGGUCGCAAUGAUCUCGAGACCAUGAUGGCCUCCGAUUCAGCUGCUGACUGGAUCCGUAUAUCUGAAAUGCUUCUUGGCAAGGUUCCAGAAGGCUUUAGUUUCACUCCGAAACAUAAAUCUAAUGCUUAUGAUCGGGCAGAAAAUGGCUAAGAUAGGAGAGUUGGAUCCCUUGAUUUCCUAUAUACUUCUGCCAGCAUGAGAAAAGGCUUGCAUGGCCUAGCCAAGAGUCUUUGUAUCGGCAUUACUAAAAGCAAACAUUCGUUGGUUUUUUUUUUUUCCUUUUUUGGUGAAAAUUCCUCUUAGUUAUAUGCUAUCAUGGAUCAAGUUCUGACAGGACUUCCGAAGAAUCAAUAUAUGUAUGCCCAAAAGGUGAUUUGAAUCAUUGUUUGCAUG